AUGUCUAAAGCAAUAACACAGAAUCGAAACGAAUCAGAAUCGAACGGUAAACGAGACGAAAUUAGCAGAUCUACAGAAGAAUUAAACAGCAUAGAGGGAGAUCUAAACCUAACUGAAUCCGAAUUAAACCAGAACAAUUCGCUUGUUAAUCUCACGAAGCCAUCAAGUGAUAGCGAACUAAUUUAGAGCAGCAUUUUAAUGAUAGCCAAUGGCAAUUUGAAAUGGCAAAAAAAUUUCGAAGAGCUUCGUCUAGCUGUUGACCGACUACAACUACAAUCUAGUAAAGGGUGGACAAGCCCGAGGUUACUGUAAACUGUUCGAAAAUGGGGAAGUCUCGAUACGUUGGUAUUCGAAUAGUAAAACUUUGACGGUGAAGGGGGAAAAAGCCGACGAAAUAAAAGAAAAACUAUUAAAUUUCGACCGCAAAUUGAGCGGUGAAGUCAAAGUAUACUCGGAGAGUCCAAAGGUUGCAAAUAUUUUGGAGCCAGCAGAUAGAAAUUUGCAUUCGAGGUCACGAAACUGAAGCGUGAACAAUGAAAUGACUCGGACAAAUGGUCAAAGUUACUCAACCAACACAAACGACGCAAACUACAAUAAAUCCGCAGAAUUUUAUGAACUAAAACUCUAAGUUGGAAAAUUAUUCACAAAAUGUUACUAGAAAGCUAGAUGCUCUAGCUGAAGAAAUUUCAACGAUAAAGGAGAAUAAAGAAAAUGCUGCUUACGGUAUACUGAUACUUGAAGAAACUGUUAAUGAGCUUAAGAAGGAAAAGUAUGAACUUAACAGAGAGAAUGAGAAAUUAAAGGAGAAAAACAAGAACUUAUUUCAAUCUCUGUCUGAAGUAAGAGCUAAGGUUAUAGAACUUCAGGACGAGUCUCAUAACUGCCCUGAAGCUAAUUCAGCGAGAAUCAGUAUUACUAGCAGAAAAAAAAAGAAAAUGGAAGACCUGGAAUCUGAGAACAAGAAUCUAAGAGCUACCACAAGAACGCUACAAGAAGACCUUGAUAAGAGCAACAGAGAAAAGCGAGAAUUCACAAAAGUUAAAAAACGUAGCGAAAAUGUAUCCAUAACAGCAGAUACAACUAUAUCAUGUUAG